AUGGACUCUCUCCUAUCUUGGUCCACCGGCCUGCGCAUCCCCCUCUGCCGCCGCAGCGGCAGCGGCGCCGCCGGUCGCCGCACCCUCGUCGAUCUCCGGCAGUUCCAGCGCUGCUUCGUCACCAGCGGCCCCGGCCAGCCGGAGACGGCGGGCUCCGGUGGUGGCUCGUUCGACUCAGCCGCGUUUGAGGCGGAGAGGAAUCGGCUCGACUCGGAGGCGCGCCAGUCGAUGGCUCGGCUGGCCGGGAGCUCCCUUGCCGCAGCGGCAGAGGGAGAGGAUCCGAAGGCGUGGAAAUGGAGGAUACGGAAGAGGAUUUGGGAUCUGAUGGAGGCGGAAGGGAUCGCCCAGAAUCCUCGGCCGGUUCACCACCGGAUCCCUAAUUUCGUCGGCGCCAACACCGCCGCCGACGCGGUAGCUCUCUCUUCAAUCUUUCUUCUGACUUUUGAGGACCCUCGAUCAUUCCAUAGAUCCCAUCGCUCGACCCCUCUUUUAAUUAGUGUUAUUUCCAGCCUGAUGAUUUCCUCGUCACCCGACAGAAAUCGGAUGAUUCCCAUUGGCUGUUAUGGUUCAACGCAUUUUGACUCUCUACCGAUGAUGCCGUUAGAAUUAUGGAUUUUGCACGUAGUUGACUCUGUGAGGAGACUGAAAUGGCGGUGACAAUGUGGAAUUUUGACUUUCUACCGAUGACCCGUUAGAAUUAAUGGAUUUUCUACUGAUGAUGCGGUUAGAAUUAAUGGAUUUUCCACGUUGAAUUCUGUCCUGAGACUGAAAUGGCGGUGAUAAUGUGGUAUUCAAGCUAGGUGGAUUGGAUGCGUUCCAGAAGGCGCAGUGUGUGAAGGUCAACCCUGAUUCCCCGCAGAAGAUGAUCCGCCUCCUUACCCUAGCAGGUAUUAAUCAGACACAGGUCUCAGUUCUCUCGAUCGAUUUUCACGGAUUUCUGUUUGACUUUGAGAACCCUCAUAUUCGCAUACGCCUGGAAAUUUUCCAUGAUCUAGAUCAUCUCCAAAGUCAGACAUACCGAAUGAUUUAAAAAUUAUAAAAAGCUGUACAUUCACGGGUGAAUUUCAAUAGAAUGAAGGGAAAUACAUCUCUUCAGAUGAAUUCGGAGGUGGUUUCUGUGCUUCUGAGCGAUUAGAUUCUGCUAGAGUCUGGAAAGCAGCUGGCGUUUGACUUCCGAUAGCUUCAUUGUUGGUUCAGGCGGGAAGACGCUGUUGACUCCGCAGCCGCGUCUUAGGACAGGGUUCUUCUCCGUGCUAGAGUCCCGGAUGCUCCCUGCGGGCUCCAUCAACGAGGCCUGCACAUCCGUCGGCGUCGCCAAGUACGGGAAGCCCAUCGGCCUGGACGAGAAGAUCAAAGUUGACCUGAUAGUCGUCGGCUCGGUUGCCGUUGACCCGAGCACUGGAGCGAGGCUCGGUAAGGGUGAGGUAGAUAAACGAUCACCACGAUCUUGCUUAUCCCUAAAUGUUUAAAAUAUCUAGUGCAUAGACUUGGCGGUCGUUAAGAGGAAGUCAACGGUUUCUUGGGGUGCAAUGCAGGGUUUUGCCGAGCUCGAGUAUGGAAUGCUGCGGUAGAUGGGGGCCGCAGAUGACUCCACGUGGAUUGUGACAUCUGGUAAGAUCACGCUCUCUAAUAAAUCCGGUUUAGCCCCGCGUUGACUUACACGGGGAUGAACCAAGUUUUUGUUCUUUGUCUGAACAAGCGUGCUCGGGGUUCCGAAGGUGUUGAAACUGGCUUUUGUUGACUCAGUGCACGACAGGCAGUUAGUGGACGAUAUCCCGGCGGAGAAGCUUCUGGUCCACGACCUGCCCGUGGACAUCAUCUGCACUCCCACGCGGGUCAUCUUCACCAGGACGGUGAUUCCAAAGCCGCAAGGUGAGUCAACCGCCUCCGCCGACACCUUCUCCUCGGAGGGACCGACUCGGUAGUUACCUUGCCCGUUUUGUCAGGUAUAUACUGGGAGAAGCUCUCCCCGGAGAAGCUGGCCCAGAUCCGAAUACUCAAGGAACUGAAGCGGCGCGUAGAGAGAGAGAGUGGUCGUCUCCUUCCUUCCGGGCCUUCCGAGAAGCUUCCCCCCACCGCCCAGCGGCGGCGCAGGUGA